AUGUCCUAUUCACCUCAACAACAACAGCAGUACGCACCUCCUCCUGCUCAAAAUGGGUACUAUGCUCCCCCACCCCAACAGCAAUAUGGUCAACCUCAAUAUCAACAACAACAAAGUUACGGUCCACCACCACCACAACCUUAUUACCAACCUCAACCUCCUCCACAAACAAUUAUUGUUCAACAACAACCCAAGAAAGAUGAUAGCGAUUGUUGCACUGCCUGUAUGGCUACUAUGCUCUGUUGUUGCUUGUUUGAUGCAUGCACAUAA